AUUUAUCUCUCCAUACAUCUACAAUGCUCGCAGCCAUACGCAGCGCUCUGUCCACUCGUCCAGACCCAGCGGAGUAUCAACCAGUCAUCCCUUCCGCUGCAGCCAAUGCAGAUCCUACAGAUCCAGCCACUCUCGACCACAUCGACCGCCAGCUCGGCCACGGCGCAGCCAGAGAGGUCGUGGAGUACGAGAGCGUCAAGGUCUAUUUUUGCUUUUGGGUCCUUGGUGCUGGUGUUCUCAUGAGCUGGAAUGCCCUCAUUUGUACAUUCCCUCUACUUAUAUCGUACCUUCCUCCAGACUCGAGCCUACGUAGAAACCUCGCGAGUAUACUAUCCACCGUAUACUGCUUCGGAAACCUCUUCUUCCUUGGUAUGGCCCAGCGCCAUGUCGGCAAGGUAUCACCAGCAAAGCGACUCCAUUCUUCUCUUGUAAUCCUCCUUGUGACGGCCCUGCUCACCACCUAUCCCGCCUUGCCCUUUCUCUUCCCAAGGUUAUCCUCUUCACUCCUUUUCUCGGCCCUCGUCUUCAUAUCACUCGUCCUUUCAUUCUCUACAGCCUACCUCCAAUCAUCCGUCUUUGCGCUCUCUUCCCUGUGGGGCUCGGAACAGACCCUCGGCGUCAUGUCGGGACAAGGUGGCAUCGCCGUCCUCGUAUCCGGCGUCCAGUUUGCUUUGGCUUUUGUCUCCGCGAUAGCUAAAAGUGAUAAUGGACAAGAUGAUGAGGGAGAAGAAGCGAGUAAACUCGCAGGUGUAGGUCUGUGGGCAGCGUGCUCACUGGGCGUGGUCGGAUGUUUCAUGGCGAGCAGAUACCUCAAGAGACAUCCUAAAUACCUUGAUGUGGUAGCCCCUAAAUUUGCUGCUAGUGAGCUUAAUAAUGUGGAAGGUAAUAAACGUGAGAACGGAACGACAAGGAAAUUGUUCAAGAAGAACUGGGAGCUCAACUUGGCUGUUGCUUUUGUCUUUGUCGUUACUCUGUCUGUCUUCCCGGCAAUCACCACUAGGAUUCUUUCGACACAUCAGCCUACACCUAGGCUGUUGCAGCCGGAUGUAUUCAUGCCCCUUCAUUUCGUCAUUUUCAACAUCGGGGACUAUAUUGGCCGAACAUACCUCCCCUCAUACUCUGCACUCCUCUUCACUUCACCUCGACGUAUCCUCCUCCUGUCUCUCGGACGCAUCUUCUUCAUCCCCAUCUUCUUCGCUUGCAACGUUACCCCUCGAGAGGUUAAUAAUACCCCAUUCAUCGAUUCUGACAUUUUAUACUUCCUGAUCAUUCUUUUGUUCUCCAUGACCAACGGGUACCUUGGGUCACUCUGCAUGAUCGUAUCAUCAUCACCAAACCUCAACCAUCGUAUCAAAGAGGACGAAAGAGAUGUCGCUGCGACGCUCGCUUCGUUUUGCCUUGUAGCAGGUCUCGCUGGGGGUAGUUUGGCCAGCUUUGCUGUAGCGUCAGCUGUGAAUAGAGGGUUGUAAUAAGUUGUAAUGACGUAGGAUUUAGAGUAUG